CUGCAAAUUCGCGAUUGAGCAAUUCUCUUAAUACUCAGACCCUUUGGCCUCUUCUACCUGCAUGCCAAGUUAAGUACCACUACGACUUUUUCGCGCAUACCCAUCGAAAUACUCCCCAGUAGUUCUGAAACGUAUUCGCUCCGCAAUCCUUUACCUCUGCGCAACCGACGAGUCCAGAAUCAAACACAAUAUCCUUCAUUCAUCUCCCUUGCGGCUAUCACCGCAAAAUAAACAUAUACGAUUUGUGACAACGAUCAAGGAUUCUCAAUAUGCGAUACCGGCCUGUACUUACUUGUUUUCGUUCUCUCCUCUCUUUCGAGCGUCAAACCCUAGGCUGGUAUCAUCGGUAUAGGCUAGCAACUUUCAACAGGAGUCGAGGUUUUUCCAACUCCACAUUUCUAUGCAAGAAGAAGGAACGAACAAAGGCGAUACCCGUUACAGAUUCCGGAAAAUCAUCGUCAAAAGCUGGACCAACCUCGGAAGAUCCUUACGACCUUUCACAACUUCAUAAUGGCAUUGCUGACGCUUUGUCCCGACUCAAAGACGAUCUAUCCAGGCUGCGUGUAGGGGGAAGGUUCAACACCGAACUGAUCGAGAACCUUCGUGUGCAGCUUAGCAAAGGUAGCAAAGAGUUGCUAAAACUGCGAGAUGUAGCCCAAGUUGUUCCUAAAGGUGGACGGAUGGUAGCUGUUUUGGCCUCUGGAGAAGAUCAUGUGAAAGCUAUAACCUCGUCAAUCAUAUCCUCAAAUCUGUCUCUGACCCCACAACCCGACUGCCAUAAUGCACUUCAGCUCAACAUCUCGAUUCCGCCCCCAACAAAAGAAUCCCGAGAUCAGACCAUUUCUAUGUCAAAGACGGCAAUGGAAAAAGCAGCUGGUGCUAUCCGUGACUCCCGCGGUACUGUACACAGGCGUCUCCAGGACUUGCAAAAAAGAAAACUUGCUCGACCCGACGAUGUUCGAAAAGCCCAAGAGCAGAUGGAAAAACUUACAGAAAAAGGCCAAAGGGAUGUGAAGGACCUGUUUGAGACUACAAAGAGGGCCAUGGAAAGGGCACAGUGACGCAGCAGUUUCGCCAAGUUGCCUAGUAUACCGCCAGACUACUCUUGGAAUCUACUCG